AUGCUCCAACUCGCCCCCACCCCGCGGCCGUCGCCGGCGGCCGCUGCACCGCCUGCACGGCGUAGGCCCCGACCGUCCACCUCCGCAUGCGUCUGCUGCUCGAGCGUGCACGAGCCGGAGAGGUCCCCGAGCCCGCGCCCGCGCCCGGGCGCGUCGCUGCCGCCGCUGCGGGAGGCGAAGCGGGUGGUGCUGGUGCGGCACGGGCAGAGCACGUGGAACGCGGAGGGCCGCAUCCAGGGGAGCUCCGACCUCUCCGCGCUCACGCCCAAGGGGGAGUCCCAGGCCGAGACCUCCCGCCAGAUGCUCCUCUCCGACUCCUUCGACGCCUGCUUCACCAGCCCGCUGGCGCGCUCCCGCCGCACCGCCGAGAUCAUCUGGCAGGGGCGUGACGACGACCUCAUCCCGGACUCCGACCUCCGCGAGAUUGAUCUCUACUCUUUCCAGGGACUGCUCAAGCAUGAAGGGAAGGAGAGGUACGGACUUCUCUACCGGCAGUGGCAGAAGAAUGCAGCCAACUUCAGCAUUGACGGCCACUACCCGGUGCAGGAGCUGUGGGGCCGUGCACAGAGCUGCUGGGAGCGGAUUUUAGCACACCAGGGCAAGUCUGUGCUUGUGGUUGCGCACAAUGCAGUGAAUCAGGCACUUGUUGCCACCUCUUUGGGACUUGGCGCAGAGUACUUUCGGAUUUUGCUCCAGAGCAAUUGCGGUGCCAGUGUGCUGGACUUCACCCCACAGACUAGUGGAGGUCCUCCUAAUGUUUGUCUUAACCGCUUAAAUCAGACCCCAAAUUCUCCUGUAUCUGGGGGAAGUUCUGCGGGAAGAAAGACAAGCAAGAGGAUCAUUCUGGCCUGUCAAGGGGCUACACAAAGCAGUUCUGAGAUUAGCUUAGGUGGCAUGGGAUAUGCACCGCUGAACAUGCUUGGGACUAUACAGUCUCAGAAGACUGCAGAACUACUUCUGGAUUUGAAAGUCAACAGCAUUAUCUGUAGCCCGCAAGUUGCAGCUGUUGAUACUGCAACUGUUAUAUGUGAGGUCCAAGAGGCUGCAGAUUGCUUAGGUGCUGAUUGUGUGCCUCGUUACGUAGAAACGAAAAGGUUGAUGGAACUUGAAAUUGAAGAUGCCUUUCAAGCAAAGCAGAAGAGUUUUGGGGAAAUAGUUCAAUCUGGUUGGUUGGGCGGCAUGGAAUACAAAUUACUGGAGCGACUGUGGUCUCAGUCCAAGGAUGCAUGGCAGGCACUGUUAAAUGAAUUACCAGAUGAUACAUCAGAACGUGUUCUUGUGGCCGUAGGCCAUCCUGCCAUUCACCUAGCUCUAAUCUGCCGGUGUCUUGAUUUGCCAAUGGAGUACAUGUCAUCUUUUCACCUGGACGAUGGCAGCAUCAGUGUGAUCGAUUUCCCAGAUGGGCCGAUAGGAAGAGGCAUCAUCAGAUGCACAAAUUACACAGCCCAUCUGGUUGGGAAAGCAAAAGAGCUCCAUGUCCUGCUGCACGCUCUGCACCCUGUGGAGCCUCUAAUGGAGUACUCAACGCCGCACCAGGUGUCCAGGUACCAGCAGCACGGUUACUCCGGCGAUGGCCUCUACACGGGCCGGCCAAGAAGCUCAGCCAGCGGUGAGUCCGACGACGACGCCCUCCUCUUCCUUGCCGCUCCGGCAGGCUGGCUCAUCCGGCUGCUCGCCUUCCUCGGGGAGCUCGUCGCGUCUGCCAUCCUCAGCCUGGUCUUCCCCGUCGCCGCUCUCGUCGGGGCGCUGCGCGCCCUCCCUGCGGCGGUCGCGCCCAGCCUCCGGCGCGCGGCGCGCGGCUUGCUCGCCGCGGCGUGCACCUUCGUUGCCCUUGUGGCCGCGCUGCUCGUGUCCGUGCUCCUCGGCUUCGUUCUUGUCCGGCACUGGGUCGAGGACCCGGUCACCGUGCGCCAGCAGCUCUUCUUCGACUACACGGAGGCGCAGCCCAGCGCCGCGGUGGUCCUUGGUGGUGGAGCUCGAGGCGCCGGCGCCGUGCUGCCGGCGGGUCACUCCGUCAGGGUGUCCAUGGCAUUGCUGUUUCCUGAUUCCUACCACAACCGUGAGGUUGGCAUGUUCCAGAUAAAAGCAGAGGCGGUCUCUGUAACUGGAAUCACCAUGGCAUCAGCUACACAGCCAUACAUGCUGAGGUACAAGAGCACCCAUGUCCGGCUGGCGCAGUCUGCGCUGCUGUGCGUGCCACUCACUCUGGGCAUACGCAGUGAGACCCAGGCCGCAAGUCUCAAGGUGUUGCAGUACAGGGAAGGCCAUGGCCGCCAUAGGAGAACAGGGGUUAUCAGAGUCUUGCUGCAGCCAAGAGCUGCGACGGUGCAGCUGCCCCAGGUGUACAGAGCAGAGGUUGUUGUGCAGACAGCUCUUCCGUGGUCCAAGAGCCUGGCACGCGGCUUGAAGUGGACACUCUGUGUGUGGGUGUCUUCCUCUGUGUACGUUGCGCUCAUUGUUCUUGCUGUUUGUUGGGCCCGGCCUCUCGUGGUGUCCGCGAGGAAUAGGAGGCUGUCUGAGAUUCAGGCCGAUGGAAAGAUGGCUUCUGGUUUGGGUUCUGGAGAUAUUGGUGAAAGCUCAAGCAAGGAGGUGUCUGAAGAUUUUGCAGUGAAGUGGAGGGAGAGAAGAAGCAAGCGGAAAGCACAGUUUCGAACGCGAUUACACGGAGGCAGCAUGGACCUUGAGUCCACUGAGGGUUCAACUUCUAGUGUUGCAGUGGUGGAGACAAGUGAGGCCAUGAAUGAUCCUUGA